AUGGCUCUGAGUAGGAUUCUGAUAAAGGAGCUGAAGUUUGUCAACACCUACUAUAUUACCACCGUGACUAUGAGUGGCAGGCUUUCCUCAGAGAAGCUGAAGCAAAGGACGACAAUAUUAAAUGAUUCUCAACUCCAAGAAUGGCUAAAGCAGGUUCGAGAAGUUGCUUAUGAUACACAGGAUGUUCUCGAUGAUUUUACCUUCCGCUUUGCUCGUGGUUACAUGGAUGGAUUCUAUGGCAAGGUUGGAAAGAUCUAUAACUCAAUAAAGAAUCUGAAAGCUCGCCAUCAAAUUUCUUUGGAGAUAAAAGACAUCAAGGCCAGAGUUGGAGAGAUUUCAGCAAGGCAUCAGAGGUACCAGUCCCUAUAUGGUACUCAAGAAAGAGGCUUCAGCUCUUCUCGUCAGGUGAAUGCAGAUUUUGACAUUCGUGCUCAAUCACUCUUCAUUGAAGAAGCUCGACUUGUUGGGAUUGAUAAGCCAAAAGCAGAGCUCAUCUCAAAAAUCGUUGAUGACCAUUCCCAAUUGAAAGUAGUUUCGGUUGUGGGAAUGGGGGGACUCGGGAAGACUACCCUGGUGAAAAAAGUCUAUGAUGACGCUGCAGUGAAGAAACAAUUUCAGAGCCACGCCUGGAUAACUGUUUCUCAAAAUUUUCAGUUCAGGGACAUCAUCAAGAACCUGAUCCAACAGUUGUACAACGAAAUCAGACGGCCGGUCCCUCGCCGAGUGGAAUCCAUGGAUGAUAAUAUGCUGAUUGAAUUUGUCAGAGACUUCCUCCAGGAAAAAAGGUACAUUCUUGUCCUUGAUGAUGUGUGGAGUAUAGAUGCCUGGGAAGCUAUCAAAUGUGUAUUGCCUGACUGCAAUACCGCUAGUCAUGCUGUAUUGACAACACGAAUAGCUGAUGUAGCUUCUGCGUCCUGUUUAGGAUCACUUGACUUCGUCUAUAAGAUGGAGCCUCUUUCUGAUAAAGAGUCUUGGACUCUGUUUUGCAAUAGAACAUUUCAGAGCAAUGACUGUCCUCCAAAUGUAGAAGAAGUUGCUAAAAAGAGCAAUGACUGUCCUCCAAAUGUAGAAGAAGUUGUAAAAAAGUAG